AUGUCCCUCUCUCGAAGCCCAUCCCCCCUCCCUGCGGGCGGAUGGAGCAGUCCCGGUCUCGACAUCAACACGAGCGGUCGAUCCAGCCCUUCGACCGCCUUCCCAGGCUCCAAUGGAAAUCAGGUCGUGUGGGAGUCUGCGCGCAUCAAGAAUAUGGGCAACGGCGGAUACCCGUCGUUCGCGACACAGAACCAGGGCUUCUUCACUCGACACAUGCGACGCAUAUCGAACAGCCUGCCCCAGUUCAACACAAGCACACACUACGCUGAGAAGGAGAAACUUCAAAGGGGCAAGUGGGCGCCGGCUCAGUCGGUGCCAUUAUACGGCAGAAUAAGGAACAUACUGGGGCGCAUGGGCCGAAAGUCGAAGCUGCGGGUACUCUUUGUCUUGCUGCUGCUCCUCGCCAUCUUCAUAUUCUACCAAUCUCCUUUAAUAUACCACUGGCGCCGCACGGCAUGGCUCGGUGGCGGAGAAAAAUAUGUCAUAAUCCUGGCCGCCAACGUCGGUGGGGGUGUCAUGGAAUGGAAAGGCGCGCGAGAGUGGGCGAUCGAGCGAGACAGCAUGCGCAAUAAAAAGAAAUACGUCGCAAGGUGGGGCUACGAGCUGGAAGUCGUCGACAUGAGCACUAAGAAGCGUUACGCUCACGAGUGGCGAGAGAGCUGGGAGAAGGUCGACUUUGUCAGGAACGCAUUCAUGAAAUACCCAAAGGCAGAGUGGGUGUGGUGGCUCGAUCUCAACACUUAUAUCAUGGAACCCUCGUACUCUCUCCAGAGUCACAUGUUCGACCAGCUACAAAAUAACGUAUACCGCGACAUCAACGAGUACAACCCUCUGAACAUCACGCAUCCCCUAAACGACACCUACCUCGACGAUGACCUGCGCAGCCCGGACGGUGACGGGGAUGUCAAUUCGGUCAACUUCAUCCUCUCCCAGGACUGCGCUGGGUUCAACCUUGGCUCCUUCUUUGUGCGCCGUGGCCAGUGGACUGACCGGCUACUCGACGUCUGGUGGGAUCCGGUGGCUUAUGAGCAGAAGCACAUGGAAUGGGCCCACAAAGAACAGGAUGCAUUGGAGCAGCUCUACCGAAGCCAGGCCUGGAUCCGAUCCCAUACGGCCUUCGCCCCGCAGAGAAAGAUCAACAGCUUUCCUCCGGGCGCGUGCUCCGAGAACGGGAACAACACUCGCGUUCACUACGACCAGAACGAUCGCGACUUUGUCGUCAACAUGGCAGGCUGCGAGUGGGGCAGGGAUUGCUGGGGCGAGAUGUACAACUACCGUGAGCUCAGCUACUGGCUCAACCGCAACCCGUGGGAACGCUUCAAGGAGGACCUUAUUGCUCCUAUCAUCUACAAGGUGACUGGCAAGAAGGUCAAGUUCUGA